AUGAAAUCGAGGGCGGGCAUGGAAGCUCUCAUGAAUGACCAUCAAAGCCAGAAACUAGACAUGCUCCUUAUCCAGGAACCGUCGAUUAUUGCCUACCGAGCACACGUGAACCACAGCGUGUGGCGACUAUAUCAACCUACAGCGGAGAGCGAUUCGGUUCGAUUCCGAAGCCUUAUCUGUCAAUCGCAAACUCUCCAUCUCCUCUCACCGACAAGUGAGAUGCAACCACCCGGACCUGACGCGAUCAAGGUCUGGACGGCCGACUCCCAGACCCUGAUCUUCUCAGUCUACAUUCCGCCCACAGUGACAAACAGACCAGACCUACUCAUCAAAUGCCACCUCUACCACGACAACUAUGGUUCGGAUCACCGAGGCACUUAUUCAGAAUGGUACCUCCAAGCGCGGCGCAACCCCACCACUAAGCCGAGAACGGCGUACUACCGAGCGGACUGGGAGAAGAUUGGAAAGGAUGUCCUGGAUCUCUUCGAGCAACCCGGGGAGCUAGACUCAGCCGAGGCGCUAGACAAAGUCGUAGAGAGACUUACAAGAACGACGACCGCGAAUGCAGUCGACAAGCACACAUCCGAUCUGCGACCUUCCCCGUACUCCAAGCGGUGGUUGUCCAAUGAGCGCUGGACUUACUGGAAACGGCUGCAGAGUAUAGCCCUUACGGAGUCGCCCGCAUGCCACUACGUGUCAGUGGCUUGUCAAGAACAGCCAACAGCGUUCAAAUGGAGCGCAGCCGCUGAAUUGCUACUGUGCUGCGGCGAGUGGAUCCCGCGGAAUAUACUAUUUGGUCCCCGACCAACUAUAUUUCUCAUCUCGACGAUCCCGGAAAAUAUAGUCAUCGCUAUUGGCGACCAGCAGCGUCGAAUUUUCAACACGAUUGGCCGGGGUAUUGUCGAUGCGUGCGAGAAAGCAGGUAACGAAGGCCGCAAGUUCCGCGUCACUAUUGUCAUCCCCGCGAUUCCCGGCUUCGCUGGUGAUCUACGUGAUAAUGCCGCGACGGGAACUCGGGCAAUCAUGGACUAUCAGUACAAGUCGAUUUGUCGUGGCGAGCACUCGAUCUAUGGGCAGAUCGAGAUGGGCAGGUCGAGAAGGAGGGCGUUGGCCCCCGCGCAAGUCGUCGUAUUCGCCCUGCGCGCAUACGACCGAAUCAACAAGACGCCCGCUCUGGAAGAACUCGAGAAGCAAGCCGAUGUUACAUACCAGGAUAUCCAGCGCGGUAUUGCCGAAUCCAUCAUGAGUGAAAGUGUGCACCCGACGGUCGGCAAAGAUGGUGACCGGAACGAGAAAGACUACACCGCCGACCCAAGUCAAAAAAAAGUCACCCUGCAGAAGCUGGAGAAGUUGGAAGAAAAGGCUGAGCAGCGCGAGGCUAAGGAUGGCUUCCACAGCAACGACACAGAGGAAUUGUACGUGCACGGCAAAGUGUGUUUUGUCGACGACCGCACCAUGUUCUGCGGCAGUGCCAACAAAAACGAUCGCACCAUGAACGGAAGACCCUACCGAGCAGCCCGAUUGGCCGCAACACUGCGGCGCCAACUCUGGCGAAAACACCUAGGCCUACUGCCGGCACAGGAAUACGUCGGCACAGGCCAUCACAACGCGCGAUCGCCGGCCGAACGCUUGAACGAGAUCAUCUCUGGAACACUGUAUCGUUGA